AAUUAAUAUCAAGAAAGUAAAAACAUUAGUUAAUAUUGUCAAUGUUCAAAAAUGUCAAAGUCAGUUUUGUAGAAAGUCAGUGUUGCACAUGUCGAAGAUCAUUUCCCCAAAAAGCCUCUACUGAAAAAACAUUACGUAACGUUUAAAAUAAAUGUAAGUAAACUGAUUAGUAAUAAUUGUAACGCGCUUAUCAACCGCUAACGAGUUUGUCACAUAAAAGUGGUGAAAACCUGCAAAACUAUCCGACGUUUUAACGAUACAAUGUGACCGCAAUUUCGUCUAGCUAUUUUGGGUUCGAAAAUAAAAAAAUAAGACGCAGUAAAACGGCUAGAUUACGCGUUUUAAGCGUGUUGAGGUUAGGUCGUGGUGGAGAAUGCUACGAAAUGAACAGUUGCUGUUUGCAUGUUAGAUGUUUAUUAUUGAGUGAAGACCUUUCUCGCACAACAACACAAUGGCAGCUUAUUUAAAUCGCACUGUUUCAAUGAUGUCCGGGGAUGGUCCUCACAAUCGUCCGAUUAUAGUCGGAGGCUCCAGUGAUCUUCGUCAUCCGGUGAUUAGAAACGGCGCUGACAACUCUCCUUUGCAGAUAUUCGUUCGGGCGAAAAAGAAAAUUAACGAUAUUUUCGUUGAAAUUGAAGAUUAUGUUAAAGAUACCGUUAAUUAUAUGCACGAAUUGGAGAAGCAACAACAAAUUAUUGAUGGAAAUUCGGUUAAGAAAUCGGAAGAAUUUGUUAAUAAAGUUCAUGGUAUUCGAGAUGUUUUGGCUCGCGAUCACAUGAAAGUAGCUUUUUUCGGGAGGACAUCGAAUGGAAAAAGCACGGUUAUUAAUGCAAUGUUACGCGAUAAGAUCUUACCAAGCGGAAUAGGGCACACUACAAAUUGUUUUUUACAAGUCGAGGGAUCUCCUAAUGAUGAGGCUUAUUUAGUUUUGGAAGGAAGCGAUGAAAAAUGUUCUGUAGAAUCCGUUGGGCAACUCGCCCAUGCUUUGUGUAAAGAGAAAUUGAGUGAAUCACAAUUAGUCCGGGUGUUUUGGCCAAGAAAUCGUUGCUUUCUUUUACGCGACGAUGUUGUUUUUGUUGAUUCCCCCGGUGUUGAUGUUACCCCAAACUUAGACGAAUGGAUCGAUAAGCAUUGUUUAGAUGCCGAUGUGUUUGUGCUGGUUGCGAAUGCUGAAUCUACACUGAUGGUUACGGAGAAAAAUUUCUUUCAUAAAGUGUCAACGAAACUUUCUAAACCAAACAUAUUUAUUUUGAAUAAUCGUUGGGAUGCUUCGGCGAAUGAACCGGAAUUUUUAGAUCAGUUGGAUGAACAGGCACAGGUAAGAAAACAACAUCAAGAACGUGCAAUAGACUUCUUGGUAAAAGAAUUAAAAGUAUGUUCCUCAAAAGAAGCCGAAGAACGAAUAUUUUUUAUUUCCGCAAAAGAAGCUUUAUUGGCACGAAUCGCCGAGGCCGGAAACAGUUCGCCAUCGGCAACGUUAGCGGAUGGUUUCCAAACGCGUUACUUUGAAUUUCAAGAUUUCGAACGAAAAUUUGAAGAGUGUAUUUCAAAGUCAGCGGUAAAAACGAAAUUUGAACAGCAUUCUCAACGCGGAAAAUAUAUCGCCGGUGAAUUACGAGAAGCCCUCGACACCAUUUAUAACGACGCUCAACGAUUACGCGAAGCAAAAUUAGUCGAACGAAAAGAAUUACACGAUAAAAUUAAUUAUACCGAACAACAAUUGAUGAUAAUAACGCAAGAGAUGAAACAAAAAAUUCAUAAUAUGGUCGAAGAUGUUGAACAAAGAGUUUCGAAAGCUUUAAACGAAGAAAUAAGGAGGUUAAGUAAUUUAGUUGACGAAUUUAAUUUACCGUUUCAUCCGGAACCUUUAGUUUUAAAUGUUUAUAAAAAAGAAUUACACACUCACGUGGAAACGGGGCUCGGUUCUAAUUUAAGAGCUAGAUUAUCAACAGCUUUAGCUUUAAACAUGGAAGCGAGUCAACGCGAAAUGACGGAUCGAAUGCAAGUGUUGAUUCCUCCAGAAACAAAUUCAACCGGAAUUAUUAUGCCAAGGAGACAACAACCAUUCGAAAUCCUUUACCGUUUAAAUUGCGAUAAUUUAUGCGCCGAUUUCCAUGAAGAUUUAGAGUUUCGAUUUUCUUGGGGUAUCACAACUUUAAUUCAACGUUACGCGGGAAGUAAAAAGGCUAAUAUUUUGGCUUUAAGAAACGAUAAAAGGGAACAUCCCCAAAAUUCAAUUAUUCCAACAACUCCAAUUGAUACUGUUGAUGGGAGAAUAUUAUGUGGAAAUGCAACUGCUGAGGAUUGGUCAAUUUUAAGUCGAAUUGCCUUAGCUAGUGUUAGUUCUCAAGGAACAAUGGGUGGUUUACUUGUAGCUGGAUUUUUAAUGAAAACCGUAGGUUGGAGGGUUAUCAUUGUAACCGGUGCUGUUUAUUCAUGUCUUUAUUUAUAUGAAAGAUUAACAUGGACCAACAAAGCUAAAGAAAAAUCGUUUAAAAAGCAAUAUGUUUCACAUGCGACGAGAAAAUUAAAAAUGAUUGUUGAUUUAACAUCAGCAAAUUGUAGCCAUCAAGUGCAACAAGAACUUAGCGGUACUUUUGCUAGGUUAUGUCAUCUUGUUGAUGAAGCCACCAGUGAUAUGGAUAAUAAAUUAAAAGAAUUAGAAGGACAAGUUAAUGGUUUGGAUAAAGCGGCUAGUCGAGCUAAAGUUUUGAGAAAUAAGGCGAAUUAUUUAACGCAUGAAUUGGAGUUGUUCGAAGAUGCUUAUUUAAAAGUUCAUCAUUGAAAA